UACUUCUAUGAAAUUUCCACAUAAGCUUGAAAUGCUGGAUUGCUCAAACGGACAUUAAGGACUUGUUUUUACCAUUGAUUUAUGUUAUAACUUAAAGGUCAUGCAAAAAAAAUUUAAUGAGAAAAAAAACAAACUAUGGAACGCUUAUUUCAAUUUUUGACAUAAUAAAAACAGUCAAUUCAAGUGUAAAGGGUGCUUUUCUGAGGGCAAUAAGGCUGACUAACGCUCUUCCUGUUUUUUGAUGUGCAUGAGAGGUGAUGCAUGGCCACAACAAAAACAUUAAGACAAGUUCCUUUGUCACACUAUGUGCAUUAGAAAAUAUAUCUUGAAUGAAUUGCAGUAAGUUAGCACAACAGACAGCACAUAUUUACAGAUGAAAACUACACGCUUGUAGAAGUUUUUUGCUUCUGUCAAAAAUAUUUGUCCAUGCAGUCAGUGUUCAGUUGUAAUUGUGAGAAUCUUGACAGCACUGAGCACCGCCGAAGAAGAGCACCUGACUGCCUACAGAGCAUCUCUUGUGCAAAGAUCUUAGCACAUCAGGCUCCUCCCUGAUCCCCGCAGCCAAUCAACUUAUGAUAAGGUUUAAAAAACUGACAUAAGAGGACAGUCCAUUCAGAGUGAUACAACUUUCCCGGUUAAAGAGAUGAACUUGGAGGAGGACAAUGGCUCAGGAGUGGGCUGUUGCAACGGCAAACUGAGGCAGUGGUUGAUUGAUCAGAUUAACAGUGAGAAAUACCCUGGCCUUGUUUGGGAAAACCACGAGAAAACCAUCUUCAGGAUUCCAUGGAAGCACGCUGGCAAGCAGGACUACAACAAAGAAGAAGAUGCUGCGCUCUUCAAGGCAUGGGCUACGUUCAAGGGGAAAUAUAAAGAAGGUGUGGACAAGCCAGAUCACACCACGUGGAAAACCAGACUUCGCUGUGCCCUUAACAAAAGCAAUGACUUUGAUGAGCUGACACAUAGGACGCAGCUGGACAUCUCAGAGCCUUACAAAGUCUAUAGGAUCAUUCCAGAAGCAGCCAAGAAAGGUACUGUAAGAGGAACAAAGAUGAGUUUUAGUAUAGAGGAUGCAUCACAUUCCUUUGGUUUGAUUGCGCCACACUCAACACUGCACAGCCAGGCACAAACACAGGAGAGUAAAGACUGGAGGGACUACAAACCUCCAGAACAACAUUCUUUUUCUCCGGCGUAUCACUGUGGAUCUAAGGGAGACUUGCCGUAUGCUCAAUGUCACUUUCCUUCACCAUUCAACCUCGCUUGGCCAGAGUCACUGUCAGAAAACAGCUUUCAGUUCUCCUUCUUGCCCUACUUGUCAGAGGCCCAACAGCCUUUCUAUACAAGUAUGGUUGACUACAGCAAUAACACAACAGAUUUCAGUCUACAUGUGUCCCUAUUCUAUAGAGAGUCUUUGGUGAAGGAGGUUACCACCAGCAGCCCAGAAGGUUGUCGCAUCAGCCCACCUUCUUCCUCCUUCUCGCCAUUGUCCUCCACCCCAUCUCCCUCGGAGUUUCACAACAGUGCAGAUGUUGUUCUAUUUCCAUUACCGUUACCUGGAUCUCAAUGGCUGGGUGCCGAGAGGCUUCUUCAGAUCCUGGAGCGGGGAGUGCUCCUGUGGAUGAUGCCGGACGGCCUGUAUGCCCGGCGUCUUUGCCAAGGACGAGUCUUCUGGCAUGGGCCCCUCGCUCCAAAUGCGGAAAAACCCAAUAAGCUGGAGAAAGAGGUGCCGUACAAACUGUUUGACACCCAGAAAUUUUUGAUUGAGCUUCAAGAUUUUGCCAACAAUGGACUGCGUGUACCCAAACACCAGGUGGUUCUCUGUUUUGGGGACGAGUAUUCCAACCAACAGCGUUCAAGAAAGGUUAUCACAGCUCAGGUGGAGCCAGUUUUUGCCAGAAAAUUGGUCAACUUUUACCAGAAGAGCAAUGACCACUACUUGCAGACAUACCAACACGUCUAGGAUGAGAACUCAUCCUGUCUAAACAUCCUCCCCUCCCAGAGGUCCUCACACGUCCAGGAGUGACACACACACAGUCACACGUUCACAACCUAUCUUCUCUUACCACAUCUAUGAAAGAAAUAGCAGAGGGCCCCUACUGACCACACCUCACACAUAUACGUUACUGAGUCUCUAUAUGUGUGCUCUAUACGUUUUUGUGACUAUGUGAAGGAUGCGGUUUUCGAGCAAGGUUAUGAGGUGCGGCCACUCAGACAGGAAAUACUAACACAGGUGCACAGGAAGUGAGGCCCCUCACAAAAACACAGGGAUAACACAAUGUUCAAACAAAUAUGAAUAACAUAAUAUAUAUGAAUACAAAAAUCUACUAAUGUAAGGUAAUACUCCCUCAUUUCUAUGAUGGUAUUUGUCUAGAACAUUGGUGGUACACAAACUAUUAUUUUGGGCUUCUUUUGAAUGUGGUAUUGAUUGUUAUAUAUGUAGGAAUGAUGUACAUUGUCCUAUCACCCGUUCCCUUUUACCUGAAUCUAGUGGCCUAAUAAAUGAGAAGAAAAACUACCUUUGUG